AUGCAGAGAUCUGUGCCGCGUAUGCUAAAUCUGGGCUUUCCAGCGAGUCCCAUAACGCUAUUGAGGCCGAAACCAUGGACAACAACUCUACGCUCGAUUUCGACGGAAAACUCUAAGUUGAAGAAGAAGAUCUCUCCGAUCAUAUCAUCCAUUUGGACAUUACCAAAUAUGCUUACAAUCAGUAGGAUUGCUGCAGCGCCGUUGAUAGGUCAAUGCAUAAUAUCCAACAAUCUGGUACCUGCUUUGGGGCUCUUCACGUAUUCAUGCAUAACAGACUUUUUAGACGGUCAUCUGGCAAGACGAUAUAACAUGAAGUCGGUUGCAGGAACGGUGUUGGACCCAAUGGCUGACAAAAUACUGAUGCUCGUCACAACUGCAUCGCUGGCUUUUCCUGGUGGGCCUCAAAUUAUACCAGGUCCGGUUGCAGGCCUCAUAAUUGGCCGUGAUCUCACGCUCGGAUUUAGUGCCAUAUACUUUCGAAUAGCAUCCCUGAGACACACGUAUGGUAAAGUCAGUUGGAAUUCGUUUUGGGACGUUUUCAAAUAUCCCAGCGCUGAAGUGAGACCAACACAAAUCUCCAAAUGGAACACCUUUUUACAAAUGAUAUAUCUUGGUUGGGCUGUCACCAUGAUGAUGUUCGUCCAGCCGUCUUCUUCAUCUUCUGAAGAAGAAGAAGAAGCGAAAGGAGUUGCUGGUUUGGUCGCAAAGGCUUUCGCAUAUAUGGGUUAUGUGGUCGGGGUCACAACUAUUCUUAGUGGCGGCUCCUACAUAUUCAGUAAAAACGCUGUAAAGUACCUCAACAAAUUGAAAUGA